GGUUUAAGGCCCUUCGUGUCUAUGUUCCGCCGUCUCGCGAGGUUUGCUUCCGCCGGGUAAUUGGUCCUCGGUAACUGCCCCGCUCUCCCGGUGGCUGUAUUGUUGCCGUGCCACUUGCUUGGCUGCUGUAAUCCGGUGACCGAGACCGGACUGCCCGGACCGGGGUUUGCAGUGUGCCGCCUCCGCCGCCCUUCUCUUCAGCUGCAGUGAGCCGCCGCCCUCCUGUCAGCCGACACAGACAUGGCCGAUCCCAAAUACGCUGACCUGCCCGGCAUCGCUAGGAAUGAGCCAGAUGUUUAUGAAACAAGUGAUUUGCCCGAAGAUGACCAGGCUGAGUUUGAUGCGUUUGCACAAGAGCUGGAGGAACUGACCAGUACCAGUGUAGAGCAUAUUAUUGUCAACCCCAAUGCAGCGUAUGACAAAUUUAAAGACAAGAAGAUUGGCACUAAGGGACUAGAUUUCUCUGAUCGAAUCAGCAAGUCAAAAAGGACAGGAUAUGAAUCUGGCGAGUAUGAACUGCUGGGGGAAGGAAUUGGCCUCAAGGAGACCCCGCAACAAAAGUAUCAGCGGCUGCUUCAUGAAGUACAGGAGCUGACGCAAGAAGUGGAGAAGAUACAGAGCACUGUUAAGGAAUCCGCCACUGAAGAGAAGCUGACUCCAGUUGCACUGGCCAAGCAAGUGGCCACAUUGAAGCAACAGUUAGUUUCCAACCACUUAGAGAAGUUACUAGGCCCUGAUGCUGCCAUCAACCUGACAGAUCCUGAUGGAGCUCUUGCAAAGCGGUUGCUAACUCAGUUGGAUGUUGCUAAAACCAGGAAGAGCCCAGAAGGCAAAAGCCCAGCAAAGGGAUCAGACAAAGAUGGGGGCUUGGUCACCUAUGAAUUACAUUGCCGUCCUGAGCAAAACAAAUUUACCCAGGCUGCUAAGUUGGCAGAGCUUGAGAAAAGACUGGGUGAGCUGGAAUCUGCUGUGCGCUGUGAUCAGGACCCACAGAAUCCUCUCACGGUUGGAUUGCAAGGAUCAAAUCUCAUGGAUACUGUAGAAAUACUACAAGCUAAAGUGAACAUGUUAGAUGUUGCAUCGCUGGACCAGGUGGAGGCCAGGCUGCAGAGUGUUUUGGGGAAGAUGAAUGAAAUUGCAAAGCACAAGGCAGCAGUUGAGGAUGCAGACACGGAAAGCAAGGUGCACCAGCUCUUUGACAUUGUUCAGAAGUGGGAUUCCAUGUCUGGCACACUGCCCCAGGUUGUACAAAGGCUGGUGGCAUUAAAGCAGCUUCAUGAGCAAGCCAUGCAGUUUGGCCAACUGCUCACCCAUCUGGACACUACGCAGCAGAUGAUUGCAAAUUCCCUGAAGGACAACAAAAGUGCUCUUGCCGUGGUCCAAAAGGCCAUGAAGGAGAAUUUAGCUACGGUGGGGGACAACUUCUCUGCUAUCGACUCCAGAAUAAAGACACUGAACAAAUGAGGGACAUCUGAUCUUUACAAGGCCCAUUCCAUUUAACAUCAAAAACAAGUUCCUGCAAACGCUGCACUAUGAAAUUGCUCCAAAUUCCCCUUGCCUGUAAGGAAGGUUUUACCAUUGUGUAAAUAUAUAUAUAUAUCUAUAGUCCUUGUUGGCCUCCAGUUUUACCCAUUCCUCUGCUCCUUUCCUGAGAAUGCUUCUGCUCCUCUCCUGUCCCCACUCAUGCACGGGACGCUUAUGUGCCUAUUGGAUCAGGUGCUCUUAUCAUGGUUCCAGUGCACAGGAACUAUAGCAUUCUUCAAGGUGUUGCGUUUGCAUGUUGGUACUUGCCAUAUGGACAGGGAGAAUGUGGGGAUGAGGGAAUUUUCUUAGGCCUUUUAUUUAUAUCUGUAUGUUAUCCCUGUUAAACUCUCCAGUGCAGAAUGUCCUUCAGUGUCUAUCUGAACUGAACACUGAGAAUAAUAUAAGAGCUUUGCUGGCUUGAGGGGAAUUGUUCCACACUAACUGUCUUCUCUGAAAAUAAACAAGAAGUAAAUUAUAAAGUACAUUGUACUG